GGAAAAAAAUAAAAUACUGAUUGACUGACGGGAGUCGGACGCAGUGCUAAUGAAAAUUCUUGUUUUAAUUGCAGCAUUUCAAAUAUUAUGGGGACAGAAGUAGCCUUAUCUUUUAGUGCUUUACGAGCUCAGUUAGAAAAUGAGAAGAGCAGCUUGUACAAAAUAGAUGAAAACAUCAAGAAGAUAGUGCAAACGUCCGGGAGAUUUUCUAACAAUGAUAGAUUCAAUUCAUCCGGAGAAUAUCCACGAGGUGGGGCGCGACCCGGCAGCCGGAAUUCCUUUUCUGACGCGAACAAGAAUGACGAAUUGUUUGGGAAAAGAAAACACGAAACUAAAACAGUGUUUAGCAGAUUGUCAGCUAGAGUGCAAGACAGUGAUGGUGAAGAGGACAGCCCCGGCGGGAAACGCGCGCGCAUGCCCUCAGCGGUGUCUCGCGAGCUGCCCACUCGCGCUGCUGUGCUGCGCGCGCAAGGGGACGAUGAGCAGGCACGCACGCGCAACCGACGCAUCUUCGGAUCACUCUUGGGGACACUGCAGAAAUUUAAACAGGAGGAAAUUGUAUUACAAACUAAGGAAGAAAAGAAGGCACAAGUGGAACGAAAAAUAGAAGAACAAGCCAGAUUAGAAAAAGAGAGAGAACAAAAAGAACGGAAGAACCUGUUCCAAGAGCGGGAUCAGAGGAAAGCCACGAUUAAGGCACUUGAAGCCAAGAUGGCUCGUGUCCAGGAAUUUGAGAAGUGGGAGGCGUCACAGAAAAGCCUCAGUAACUUCAUCCUCACCAAAGCAAGGCCACAUAUCUACUGGCUGCCAAAGAAGAUGACUGACAAAGCUAAUGAGAAACUUAACUCCAGCAGAAAGUUUCAUGAAAAAUGUAUGUCAAACAAACGAGCAGAGCUUCAGGAGGAACUUCAGCGAAUAGAGCAGCGCUGCCUGCGACGUGGACCAGGAGCCAAGGAAAAUGAUCCGGAGACUCCUCAUGAUGAGAAAAUUGAAGAUAAGAGACCGAGACGUAAGGAUUCCGAAACUUCAGAAACUGGCAAAAGUGACAAAGAUAUGAAUGAUGAUAAGGGUAGAAAGAGAGACAAGUUUGCCAUGGAUGUGGAUGAUAAAUAUAAAGAGGACAGUGAUGGGGAAGACAGACAUGAGGUACCUCCCAAACCAGAUAUAGACCCCAAGGAAGAAAAAGAAUCAGAUGACAGCAAAUUAGAUACAAGUGUAGAACAAGACACAUCUAUGCCGACAGAGCCCAGCCCAGGAGUCACACAGGAGUUAUUACCUACUUGCCCUGCAACCACAAAUGAGUCUACAACAGAGAACCAUCUCAACAACACCAAUGGUGAAGCUGAAGACGACUCCCAACAUUCCUAGUACACCCUCCCUGUCUAAGUAUAUAGCCAGUCUAAGUGUAGUCUAUUAUUCAAGUGUAUAAAUAUAUUGUACUUGUGAGUUUUACAUCAUGGUGUGAGUAAAAGGUUAAUAAAAUUAAACAAAUGAACUUUUAAAAA